AUGCAGUCGUCAGUUCUAGUUCUCAAGGACUCUUUGAAACGUGAGUCUGGAACUAAGGUGCAUCAUGCUAAUAUUCAGGCGUCAAAGGCUGUUGCUGAUAUAAUCCGUACAACCUUGGGACCCAGGUCCAUGCUAAAGAUGCUUCUUGAUGCUUCUGGAGGAAUUGUGGUGACUAAUGAUGGAAAUGCUAUCUUACGGGAAUUGGAUAUUGCUCACCCAGCUGCCAAGUCUAUGAUUGAAUUAAGUCGCACCCAAGACGAAGAAGUAGGAGAUGGAACCACAUCUGUCAUCAUUCUUGCUGGUGAGAUGCUCCAUGUUGCCGAAGCGUUCAUUGACAAAAACUACCACCCUACCGUUAUUUGCCGAGCAUAUAACAAAGCUUUGGAGGAUGCUAUCGCUGCCAUUGACAAAAUUGCAAUGCCUAUUGAUGUUCAGGAUCGAGGUCAAAUGCUGGGGCUUGUGAAAAGCUGCAUAGGCACCAAAUUCACCAGUCAAUUUGGGGAUUUAAUUGCUGAUUUAGCCAUUGAUGCUACUACAACAGUGGGUGUUGAUAUUGGCCAAGGUUUAAGAGAUGUAGAUAUUAAAAAUUAUAUCAAGGUUGAGAAGGUCCCUGGCGCUCAACUUGAGGAUUCGAGAGUUCUUAAGGGAGUUAUGAUAAACAAAGAUGUGGUUGCCCCUGGCAAAAUGAGGAGAAAGAUUGUUAACCCACGUAUCAUUCUCCUCGAUUGUCCUCUAGAGUAUAAAAAGGGUGAAAACCAAACAAAUGCUGAACUGCUUAAAGAAGAAGACUGGAGCCUGUUAUUGAAGUUGGAGGAAGAAUACAUCGAGGGGCUCUGCGCGCAGAUAUUGAAGUUCAACCCAGACUUGGUAGUAACAGAGAAGGGUCUCAGUGAUUUGGCAUGCCAUUAUCUGAGCAAGAAUGGAGUGAGUGCAAUCAGAAGACUGAGGAAAACAGAUAAUAAUCGAAUUGCCAAGGCAAGCGGCGCUGUUAUUGUCAACAGACCAGAUGAAUUGCAGGAGUCUGAUGUUGGUACUGGUGCAGGAUUAUUUGAAGUUAAGAAAAUUGGAGACGAGUACUUUGCUUUCAUUGUUGAUUGCAAAGAACCCAAAGCUUGUACUGUAUUAUUACGAGGUGCCAGUAAGGAUCUCUUAAAUGAGGUUGAAAGAAAUCUACAGGAUGCUAUGUCUGUUGCUAGGAACAUAAUAAAAAAUCCAAAACUUGUUCCUGGAGGUGGUGCUACAGAGAUGACCGUGUCAGCUGCUCUGAAACAGAAGAGUUCUUCUAUUGAAGGCAUAGAGAAGUGGCCAUAUGAAGCAGCUGCCAUUGCUUUUGAAGCUAUUCCACGUACUCUGGCACAAAAUUGUGGAGUAAAUGUCAUCCGGACAAUGACUGCACUACAAGGAAAACAUGCAAAUGGAGAAAAUGCAUGGAUUGGUAUAGAUGGAAAUACUGGUGCCAUUGCUGACAUGAAAGAGCACAAGAUCUGGGAUGCCUAUAAUGUUAAGGCACAAACAUUCAAGACUGCCAUUGAAGCUGCAUGCAUGCUUCUGAGGAUUGAUGAUAUAGUGAGUGGUAUCAAGAAGACGCAAGCCCCUGGAGCAGGCCCUUCAAAGCCUAAAAUUGAGACCGAGGGAGAUGCUGAUGGCGAGCAAAUCCUCCCCGACUAA